ACUGCUCGCCGUGUUUUUCAAUCAGUAUCACGUGAUAUACCCCACGUGAUAACGCCGGUAUUGACAGGUGCUUACUCGUGUCAAAUUGGGAUACACAAAUCAAUUUGAGAUCUUCCCUAACUUAAUACCAGGAAUCUAACAUCUUCCGAUUACAAAGGUCUAACAAAAUAUGUCAGAAAAACAAGUUAUCCUAGUUACUGGAGGCACUGGUCUUGUCGGCAAGGCGAUUGAAUAUGUGGUACAAAAUGGGGAAAAACAACCAAAUGAAGAAUGGAUAUUUGUUUCAUCUAAAGAUGCUAAUCUUAGUGAUCUAGCAUCAACAGAGGCAAUGUUUGAGAAGUAUAAACCUACACAAGUUAUACAUUUAGCAGCUAUGGUUGGAGGACUCUUUAAGAAUCUCAAAUAUAAUCUCGACUUUUUUAGAACAAACAUACAGAUAAAUGACAAUGUACUGGCUACCAGUUAUAAGUUUGGUGUGAAGAAGGUUGUGUCAUGUCUGUCAACAUGUAUAUUCCCUGAUAAAACCACAUACCCAAUUAAUGAAAAAAUGAUACACAAUGGACCACCACAUGACUCAAACUUUGGUUAUUCCUAUGCAAAGAGAAUGAUAGAUGUUUUAAACAAGGGAUACAACAAACAGAAAGGUGUAAAUUAUACAGCUGUUAUACCAACAAAUGUUUACGGACCUCAUGAUAACUUUGAGCUAGAAGAUGGUCAUGUACUACCAGGUCUUAUCAACAAAGUAUAUUGUGCAAAACGAGAUGGUACGGAUUUUGUGAUAUGGGGAACAGGGUCACCACGUAGACAGUUUAUCUAUUCUAGAGAUUUGGCUCGCCUAAUGAUUUGGGUGUUAAGGAAUUAUACUGAAAUAGAGCCAAUUAUAUUGUCAGUGAGUGAGGAAGAUGAAGUGAGUAUAAAGGAAGCAGCAGAAGCUGUCCUUAAAGCAGCAGACUUCAAGGGCAAUGUUGUAUUUGAUACAAGCAAAUCGGAUGGGCAAUUCAAGAAGACUGCAUCCAAUGAAAAACUUAGGUCUUAUCUCCCAGAUUUUAAAUUUACACCAUUUGAUAAAGCAAUCAAAGAAACUGUAGAAUGGUUUGAGACAAAUUAUGAAACAGCAAGGAAGUAGACUACAUCUGUGAUAGCUUCACUUCAGAAUUCCAUUUUUUCUGCCAUUUUCAAUUCAAGUCAUUUACUCUGGCAUUAUUUAAAGAAAGAAAUCUUGAUAGCAUUCCUGCAAGUUUAAUAUUAGUUUAUUUUUCAAGAAAAUGUGUUUUAUGUGAAAAAAAGUUCAAUGUUUUAUUGUGUGCAAUUUUUUUUUAUGAAAAUCAUCUCUACAAAUAUACCAUAACCUAAGAAAAUAUAAUACUAAAACAGUUUGAAGACAAUAUUUUAAUUGAGUUUCUAAUGAUCUGAGACUUUUCUGGACUCAAUUAUCUUAUGGUUUUACAAUGUUUUGAUUCUUUGUGAAACAUUUACCAAGCAUUAUCAGUGUUCAUCAUUGAUAAGCAUUUCUCCUGCCAUUAGUUCAAUCAUGAUAAAAUGAAAUUUGGCAUAAUUAUUGAUGCUUUUAAUAGAUUCGUUACUUCUGUUCACGUGUUUCUGUACUUCUUUAUAGAAUCUCUAAUAGCUAUUGUUAUCUAUUUAUUUUGUACAUAGGGAUUUUUUUGCAUGUUAAUCAAUACAUAAAGCCUACAUUUAUUUUUGAUAUAUAUAUUUUUUUUGAGGGGAUAUAACUUACAUUAAGUAGUGGUUUGUAUAUUUAAAUUUAAUCUAAUAUAGUGUAGGCUUCUGAUUGCUAUAACCAUGGAAAUAUAUACAGGGUGUUCCUGUUAAUUUUGAUUUAAGGGAUGUAAAAAAAACAGGUGCUAAAGAAUCAUUCAGUUUUGCUUGUUUUAAUUGUUUUAUUCUAAAAGUAAAAACAGUAUGCUGUCAAGCUAAAACCAUCUAUAUUCAAAAUGAAUUGUUACAUUCAAAUAUGGCUUAAUUUUGUUUUAUGGGCCAGUUGAUCAAAAAUUAUUAUCAAGCGCCUUUAACAGCAAAAGAUACAUAGGCAUGUGUACCUGACACUGGUAAAUUGUGAAUAUCUGAACUUUUAAUUCAUGUUAGAUUUUUAAAAUUUAGUUCAUUUAUUUUAUAAUUUAGAAAGUUAAUUUUGUAUGCUGAUAUCCAUAUGAUUUCCUUCAAGAGUUAAAAAUUGUGAAACAUAGUAAAUUAUGCCUAAACAUUGUUCAUUUGUUAAAUAUUUACUGGUUGUGCAAAUUUGUUAUUUCAUUUGAGAGUCCCAUAUAAUAUAAGUAAAAUAAGAGACUGCCUUGAGUAUCUAUGUAUAAUACAUGUAAUAUAAAGUUCUGAAAUUUCUAAUGAGUGGUGAUACAAAAACUAGAAAAAAACUUUUACAACUGUUCUGUUUUUAAGAAUGAUUAUUAAGAUUUCAGAUGUAUAAUAAAUUAAGAUUUUAGACAAUGAAAACUUUUUCCCAAUCACUUAAAUAUGUUCAGUGUAUGUUCAUUACUGUUUAUACAUGUACCUUUUCUGCAUAAUUUUAGUAACAAAUUUACCUGAUCUGUAUUAUCUUAUGUUUUGUUUACCUAGUUUGCAAUAUUUACUUUAGGUAAUAUGACAUUGAGCUCAACAUUUUUAUAGGCAGUUAAAAAAGUGACUAUAAUGUUUCAUGGAAUAUGCUUUCUAUGUAUUGUUUUAAGUCUCAAUUGCACAGCAUUUUUUUUGGUUACAUACUGUAAUUAUGGUUUGAAGUUAAUGUUUGAUUUUUAAGGAGAAUUAAAUUUACAUGAACUAAUGGUUUUUCUAAGAUAUUGAAUCUCUUGACACAUCCAGUGUUUUAACAUGUCUAGUCUUGCAGUUAUCUCAAGAAUGGUACAAGUUAAAAUAAAGAGGCUCGCAAGAAAGGUACAGUGAUCAGAUGUAACAGGUGCUUGUAAUCUCAAGAAAUGGUGUAUACAUCUGAUAAUAUAUGCUUGCAGGACAUGCUGCAGGGAUUUAUUUUAUCCACUGUAACAUAUGCUCAAGUCUGAGGGACUUCCACAUAAAAAAACUUGUUUAUACAUGUAUUAAAGACUUGUAAAAGGCAUGUUACAGUGUUACAUUUAGUUACAUGUAUGUUAUAUUUCAAUCAAAUUUGUGGUGCUUUACUAGUAAAUGGCAAUCUGUCUUUUCUAAAAACUUAAAAUGCUCAACAGAUUGAAGUUGUAAUUUUUUUCAAGACAAUCAUGUAUAUCCAGUACAUUUUUGUAUCUACUUAGAAAGCUGCAGUUGUAAUGUUAUUCAGGGACAUUGUUAUGGAAAAGUAAAUUGUUUUGUUUUUGAUACUGUAAGGUUUUAAGUGAUAUUAUGCUGAAAGAGCACUUGGAUGCCCAUCUUUUAAUUUGCUAUGCUAACUUUUCUUACCAAUCAUCAUGAACAUUUUAGUUGCUUUAAGUCAAUCAUGUUCAUUUCUUAGCAUUGUCAUUGACAGUAUUUGAUCAUACUGAAAAAAACGUUUUAUGAUUAAUAUUUAAUCAAUUUUAUCUUAGUAAACACCUAAAGAGUGACACUAAAUUGUCUAAGCUUCCAAUUAAAAGUAAGGUCUGUCUACAUCUAUGUUGUCUGACUAACUGUAUUAUGUUGAUUCCUCUAUUUAUAAAAUUUCCUUAAAACCAGUAAUAGACAGUCAGGCUUUUUUUUUUCACAGGUAGAGGAUGGAGUCCUUCACUUAAAUUUGGAGAAAAAUAGCAUAAUGUUUUAUUUUGCAAAUGGGGAAGAGGAAACUAUGUAAAUUGAAUUUUAGAGCAAAAUCAGAUUUUUAAGAAAGUUUCUUGGUGGGAAGCUGCUUAUAAAUGGUCCCUGCUGUAGAAGGAAGAAAGGCUCUGGACAGUUUCAGAUUGAGCAAGGCAAUGGUUAUGAAGCAGUUACAUUGUUUUGAAUAACAUAGAAUUUAAUGGUAUCUGUUGCAUGUUGAUAAAAUUUAUUCAUUUCGGACAAGACAUAUUGAUAAAAUGUAUUCAUCUCGGACAAGUUACUCAUGAAAAAGGAAUAAGACUAUUGUAUUAAUCAUAAAUGGAGGGUAUAUUUAAAACAUUGCAUUAUUUCAUAUCUGAGUCAUUUACAGUUAUUGUAUUUAUUAUUUUAUGUACUCUGAUGGGUUUGAAUGAAAAUUCGAAUAAAAUUUGGGUAAUUCA